AACAGGCGGGAAUUGAGUUUUCAUUCUUCUGCAGCUGCAGCUGCUCAGCCAAACACAUGACUUUGGGCACAAGGGAGAAGAUAUGGCUGUUUGUUGCUGUGAUAUAUCUGUUUCAGGGAGUUACUUAUUCAGAAGAACUGAGAAGAAUGAAGAGAGCUGUGGAUCCUGAAGCCUUUAUGAGUAUUAAUGAGCUCAUUACUUACAAAGGGUACCCCAGUGAGGAGUAUGAAGUGAUGACAGAAGAUGGUUAUACCAUUACCAUUAACAGAAUCCCUUAUGGUACUCAGAAUCAAGGAAGCCCAGCUUCAAGACCUGCUGUGUUUCUCCAGCAUGGAUUAUUGGGAGAUGCUCGUAACUGGGUCACAAACCUGCCCAACAACAGCUUGGGCUUCCUGCUAGCUGAUGCUGGGUUUGAUGUUUGGAUGGGAAAUAGCAGAGGGAAUCACUGGUCAAGAAAACAUCAGAAGUAUUCCAUUGACCAAGAUGAAUUCUGGGCUUUCAGUUUUGAUGAGAUGGCAAAGUUUGAUCUUCCAGCAGCAAUAAAUUUCAUUUUGGAGAAAACAGGACAGGAAAAGUUGUACUAUAUUGGCUAUUCACAAGGUACUACCAUUGCUUUCAUUGCAUUUUCAACAAUGCCAGAGCUGGCUCAAAAAAUCAAACUCUUCUUUGCAUUGGCACCUGUCACUGCUAUUAAGUAUGCUAAAGGCCCAGCAACAAAACUCCUCUACCUUCCUGAGAAAAUGCUCAGGGGUAUGCUUGGCAACAGAGAAUUCCUUCCCCAGACUGAGUGUCUAACAAAGAUAAUAGCCCCUGUCUGCAGCUACCAAGCUUUUUCCAGGCUUUGUAGAAGUGUCUUCUUCAAUCUGGGUGGCUGUAACCUGAAAAACAUUGAUGUGAACCGAAUUAAUGUGUAUAUUGCCCAAACCUCCGCUGGAACUUCUGUGCAGAACAUAAUCCACUGGAGUCAGGAGGCCCGCUCAGGGAAGUUCCAAGCUUAUGACUGGGGCAGUUCAAAGAAGAACAUGGAAAAAUACCAACAGACUAUUCCUCCUCUCUACAACAUAGAAGAGAUGACUGUACCAACUGCAGUAUGGACUGGGGGACGAGACCUGCUGGCAGAUCCCAAGGAUGCAGCCAUUUUAUUGUCCAAAAUCAAGAAGCUUAGCUAUCACAAGAAGAUUCCUGAAUGGGCACACCUGGAUUUCAUCUGGGGAUUGGAUGCACCUUUACAUGUGUACAAUGAAAUUAUUGACCUGAUGCAGAAGUAUCCUUAA